AUGCCGUCAAGGCGUUGUACGAAUGCUGUGAAGCCUUCUACCAGCGGUAUGGCGACGACGCAUCGUCCCCUAGCUGCCCGCAGCCAAAACUGCUGCGUCUGA